UACGUACACCACCGUGCUCUACUUAUAUAAAGCGUCAUAACAGAGUUAACGAGACAUUAGGAAGAAAAAUCGGGCAGGAAAAGAAGGUUCAAGUGAAAUAUUCGUUAAAGUUUUGCAAGUGUGAUUAUUCGAAGUAUAAUUUUUAGCAUAUACAAUAAAAUUUCAAUAUGAGCACAAUGUAUUUUAAAGCUAUCUUUGUACGUAUCAGUGGUGUUGCUCGACAAAUUCGAAAGUUUGAACAUCCUUCGUACAAAAGUCAUCCGACUUUUGAUGAACUUUGUAAUAAGGUAAAAGAAAUGUGCCCUCAGCUUUCUGAUAAGGAUUUUACGUUGUCAUGGAUAGAUAAAGAGGGAGAUUCGAUUACGAUGUGCAAUAACGAAGAACUAUCGAUAGCUAUAAAGCAGACUAUAAACGAAACAUUUAAAAACGAACCUGUUGUAACAGAUGCAGAAUUUACAUUUUAUGUGAAAUGCGAUGUAACUAAAGAGAAGACAGAAAUUUCUGAAACGAUAGUGCAUUCGAAUAUUAUAUGCGACAAUUGUAACGAGACCAUAGUGGGUUUUCGAUAUAAAUGUAUACAAUGUAUAAAUUACGAUCUAUGCAUGCAAUGCGAAAAAUCAGGUUUACACGCGCACCACUGGAUGAUACGUUUAUUAGAACCAGUGACUAAAUAUGGAUAUCUCUUAGAUUAUAUCAAUAGAGCGGUCAGAAAAAGUGGACUACAUUGCGCGGACUCGGAUGAGACUAUUUUGAAUAAUGGAUGGAAUAAAGGAUGUCGUAAAUCGUGCAUAAGACAUUUGACUUCUGCGCUAGAAGCUUGGGAACCGUACAUAAAUUAUUCGAACAAGGUAAAGGUAGAAACGAAUAAUGGUGAUGCGGGGUCAUCGAAGAAAGUACCGGAGCAGCAAAAUACAAAACCGGAACAGAAUGGUACGACGUCGAAACAGAAUGCUACAACGCCGGAACAGAAUGAGACGGCGCCGAAACAGAAUAGUACAACGCCGGAACAGACUGAUGUGAUAUCGGAAUUAAAAAAGAUUCCCAUCAAUCGUAUUCUAGAAUGUAGUAGGAAUUAUUUAGAACAAUUGCUGGAUGGCGAUAUUAUAACCCCACAAUCCUUUCUUGCCGAUGGAAUAGAACCCAGGGAAAAUUCUAAAAAAUUACGAAAAGAAGAUCAACUGACAACCGAUACAACAGCCAAUGAAGCAUCAUCCGUGCCCGAUGAUACAGUUAUGUCGCAUAAAAAUACAACUUCACCGGUAAAUACGUUGACGGAUGAAUGGACAAUUAUAGAUAAAAAUGAUGCUUCUGGCAUCAGCUCUGCGUCUUCGGUUUCAUCUAAUUUAAAUGUAUCGGCUGAAAAUAGUUUACCAAUGGAACCAACUGCACCGAUGGCAACUACAGCGACUGCUGCACCGCUGAUUACUUCAGCAACUGCGUCAACAGGUACUACAACAACUGCAGCAGCAGCAACUACUUCAGUGACUACAUCGGCAACUGCAACGCAGAAAAAUACAUCGCAAAAGAUGUAUCCUGAAUUACCAAUAGAACAAAGAACGUACCACCCGAAUCCUAAAAUUCACUAUGCUAUUGCAAAUAUGGUAUCAAUGGGAUUUUCAAAUAACGGAGGAGUACUCACUCGUUUGUUAGAAUCUGAAAAUGGCGAUAUUAAUUCUGUUUUGGACAUAUUACAACAUAUACGUUCUUAAAUACAGAAUUUAAAAUUUAUAUUAUAUGUAGUUUAUAUAUAAUCAUUUCCAAUACAAAUAUAAAUAUCGUUUUUCGAAAAUAUAUUUCACUUUUUGAAUGUAGAUCGAAAUGAGUAAAAUGUUGAACAAUGUAUUUUAUUCCUGCAAAUAAUAAACAUUCCUAACCACUUACUGUGUAUCAUUCGAAUCAAUAAAAUAUGUAGCAAUAUA